UAAAAACAGCAAAAAUCCAAAAUGAGACAGGUGGCCAAAGAAAGCAAAACUAAUCCUAAAUAUUUUUUUUAGAUAUAUAAAUGCAAAAAAAAACAAGGACAGAGCAUGUAGGACCCCUUAAUAAUGAUAAUGGGGAGGUUGUCACAGGCUAUAAAGAGAAGGCGGAGCUACUGAAUGGGUUCUUUAGUUCUGUAUAUACUAAAGAAGAAGGAGCUGACAUUGGACAGGUCAGUGCUGGUAACACAUCAUGUAAUGUACUGAACUGGCUUAAUGUAGAGAUGGUACAAGGUAAGUUAAGUAAUUUAAAUGUAAGCAAAUCUCCAGGACCGGAUGGACUACACCCAAGAGUUCUUAGAGAGGCAAGUUCAGUAAUAUCUCUACCCCUGUUCAUGAUAUUUAGAGAUUCACUGGUGUCUGGUAUUGUGCCAAGGGACUGGCGCAAGGCGAAUGUGGUGCCAAUCUUCAAGAAGGGCUCUAGGUCUUCCCCAGGAAACUAUAGACCGGCAGCGCCACCGCAGACCAACUUUUUUGCACUAUUCUCAAGUCUACUGCCGACCUCUUAUCGAGUACCCGGCUGGAUCCUGCAGGCUGCAGCCAGAGACCAUCUGACCCCACACGGAGGGGUGAUAUGCACAUAUCGAGCCAUACCCCAGGUGAGUACAACUAGCAUGGGGGUUGUGGAUCAGGAUUAUCCCACUGAAUUACGCAAGGCGCUAUCCUCUCCCUGUCUCUUUUUCUCUUUUCUACAUAGUGAUGUUUUGAGGGGGCGUGUCUGCUGCCGCUUCAUGCGGUGGUCGACACCAGCUAUCUGGCCGGAGAGCCUGGCCCCCGUACAGAGAGAUCGCCGGUCGGCCCCAGCGGUCGGACCCCCGUGAUCUCAAACU